GACAUUUUUGUCUGACCCCACGAAAUUUUUCACAACUCUCAACUCACAACUCUCAACUCUCACUUACCACUACCAAUAGUAGCUAAAGUACCCUUUUACUACAAGUUACGCACCAAUGACCAGAAUUACCGUAAUUGGAUCGUUGAACUACGACUUGGUAACGUUCACUGACAAAGUCCCCGAGGGAGGAGAAACUUACCAGGCCGUAGCGUUCGAGACUCAUUUAGGAGGGAAAGGUUUAAAUGAAGCAUUAGCUGUAGCUAAGUUAUCGGCAAACAAUACUCCUACUCCAGUCCGUAUGAUUGGGAAUGUGGGAGACGACCAAUUUGGUCAACAGUUGCGCCAGGUCUUAUUGGAUCAUAAUGUAGAUGCUACUGAAGUGAGAAUUCUUAAGGGGAUCUCUAGUGGGACUGCCACUAUUUUAGUGGAGACUAGUGGAGAGAAUAGAAUUAUGAUUGUGGCUGGAGCCAAUGGUGAGUUAAAACCUACAGAAUCUGACUAUGAAGGGUAUUUCCCGGACAAACAGGCUACUGAGUAUGUUAUAUUACAAAAUGAAUACCCAGACACUCUUAAGACCAUCAACUGGAUUCAUAAACAUAGACCUAAUAUUAAUGUAUGUUAUAACCCAUCACCAUUUCAACCGGAACUAAUUACUGAGGAUGUAUUACUGAAAAUUGAUUUCUUGAUAGUUAAUGAAGUUGAGGCUAAAGGUAUAGCUGAAAGACUUAAUUAUAAUGGAGAUAUUGGGUAUGAAUCAUUAACUGAGGGACUCUUCAAGUCAUUAAAUCCUCGAAAUAUCCAAACUGUAGUUAUAACUUUAGGUAGUCAAGGUUCAUUACUCAAGGAUAAGUCUACCCCAAAUGCUGAAUUUGUACCUGCUGUAAAAGUUGAUAAGGUGGUGGAUACUACAGGUGCUGGUGAUACAUUUUUUGGAGGGUUAGUAUCCAAUUUAGCUCGUGGAGUUUCAUUAACUGAAGCUGGUAAAUUCGCUACUAUUGCUAGUAGUUUAGCCAUACAAUCCAAAGGAGCAGCUGAAAGUAUACCUCUGUAUAACAAAGUUAUUAGCCAAUUAUAGAUUAGUUAGAAGUUAGAUAGAUUAUAUA